AAAAAAAUGGGUUCAGAAUGUUUAAAUGUGUGAUUAUUCUAAUAGUUUAAAAAUACAUGCGUAGAUGCUAUGAUAUAGGAAAACUUGAUAGAUACAAUUAAUUAGCAACAUUAAAAUAUUCUGUUUCAUUUUGAGUAAUAACAAAUGUCUAAUGUGAAUUAUAUAAUUAAUACAUUAGCCACUGGUGCUGAAUGCGUUCGUCUUCAUAUGUUUUUGUUCAUAUUUAGUAAUUGUAUAUUGAUCUUUAACAGAUUUUCCCAGGGACUGCAGCUAAGGCAAAUGGACAUGCUGCAGGAUGGCGUGGCAGGAAGCAGUCGCACGCUGUCAAAAAUGAGCCAGAAGUUGAGGAAGGUCUGCAAGCGUGCAAUCAGGAGGAGAGAAAGGAGGGGAAAGCAGAGACUUGGAGGACCAAAUGAAUUUGUCAUGCUGGACGAAAGCAACUUCUACCACAAAAGGAAGUAUGGUAGGGGAAGAUUCGGUCCUACGUGGAGGAGGAGAAAAUGGGUCUUUGGUAUGCUGGGCAUCAGAGGAACAAGGAGAAGACCUAUCCUGAGGCUGGUGAAACAGAGAUCGAGGCGCCACUUAAUUCCUCUGGUCACAAAAUACGUUCGCCAAGGGACCACGGUGAUAACGGACAUGUGGAGGGCAUACAUCACUGCAAUCGCAGAAAGUGGCUUUGUCCAUUUCUCUGUGAACCACAGCCGUUCAUUUGUGAACCCAGUCACAGGAGCCCACACCCAAAACAUUGAGCGGGCUUGGUCAACGUACAAGUCACAGGUCUGGAGACUGCGAGGAAACCGCACAGAGAAGACUCUGAAGAGUCAUCUUGCUUUGAUCGAGUGGACACAUUGGCUGGCAAAUAAACACAAAGAUGGCCCCUUAGGCAGAUUGCUGCAUGACAUACGCCGCUUUUACAAGUUCUGAAAGCAACCUCCUUUUUGUUAUUAGUGUGCUUUGGAUUGUUGUUUAAAUAAAAAUGUAAACUUGA